AUGGGAUCACUCAGCACCAGCAGACAACAACUGGUAUUGGAGGAAGCUAAGUUAAAUGGCCUCAAGUCUCCAAUGAUUGAUUGGUAUCAAGGUGAUAGGUAUACUCUCACUCCCAAUGGUGCAUAUUCUAUAUCCAAGAGUUAUCAAGCACUCUUGGGACCUAUCCCAAGAUUGCAUGAGGCUGAUAUGAUCUGGAACUCUGUGAGGCUUCCAAGACAAAGAUUUGUCACUUGGUUAGCAUGUAAAGGUAGACCAUUAACAAAGGAAAGAAUGAUGAAAUUGCACGUUCCAGUACAUGAUAUGCGCUGCUGCCUCUGUGAUGACAAUGCACUGGAAACUCCCAAACAUUUAUUUAUGAAGUGCUCAUGGAUUUCUGGGGUAAGUCACUUGCUGAGUACAUGUCUAGGCGUCCAGAUACAAAAGAAAGAAGCGUCUGACAAUUUCAAGUGGAUAAAGAGAAGAAGAUGGAAGCAGUUUCAAAAGAAAAUUGUUGCAGCAGUUUGUGGAGCGUUGGUUUACCAUACUUGGCAAGCUAGGAAUAGAAAGAUUUUUCGAAAAACAAAUGUAAAUAUAGAGUUUGUAAGUUUACAGAUACAAAAGGAGUUGUUUGAGGCACCCUUCCUAGAAGGUGGUCGCGAACGCUAG